GAAAAAGUAGUGUUUGUAGAACGAUGAACUCAGACACCAGGAGUGAGAAAAUAGUUAUCAUGGCGUGCCCUGCAGCUCUCUAUUUAAGAUGCAUCAGCGUCCACUCUGCAAACAGAGCCAAGUGUAAUACGGUUAGUAUGAAGAUGAUCCUCUCCUCUGUGGUCGUGCCUCCGAAGCUGCUGCUGCAGCUCUGCCUCAGCACCCUGCACCUCAUCUUUGUGAGCAUCUUUUCAAUAGUUAAGUGCUGGACAGCAGGAGACUGCAACGGAACAAACUCGCCUCGCAGGGCACUGGACGGAAGUAAAGUACAAACAACAACUCCAACAAGUGUCAACUAUCAUUUUACACGCAAGUGUAAUUAUAAAUGUGGAUUUUGUUUCCACACUGCAAAAACAUCCUUCGUACUGCCUCUAGAAGAAGCCAAGAGGGGCCUCAAACUUCUGAAGGAAACAGGCAUGGAAAAGAUCAACUUUUCAGGAGGAGAGCCUUUCUUGCACGAAAAGGGAGAGUUUCUGGGGAAAUUAACUCAGUACUGCAAACAGGACCUGCAGCUCCCCAGUGUCAGCAUCGUCAGCAAUGGAAGCAUGAUCAAAGAAAAAUGGUUCCAGAAAUAUGGUGACUUUCUGGACAUCUUGGCCAUCUCCUGUGACAGUUUUGAUGAUGCAACCAACCAGAUGAUCGGCAGAGCUCAGGGAAGGAAGAGCCACCUUGACAACCUCUACAAGAUUUGCAACUGGUGCCAGCAGUAUAAAGUGGCGUUCAAAAUCAACUCGGUCAUCAACACCUUCAACAUUGACGAAGACAUGACAGAGCACAUCAUCCAGCUCAACCCAGUCCGCUGGAAGGUAUUCCAGUGUCUGUUGAUUGAUGGGGAGAAUGCAGGAGAGACAGCCCUUAGAGAGGCAGAGAGGUUCAUCAUCAGCGACCAGCAGUUUCAGGAGUUCCUGGAUAGACACAGCGGCGUCUCCUGCCUUGUCCCUGAGUCCAAUGAGAAGAUGAGAAACUCCUACCUAAUCCUGGAUGAAUAUAUGCGUUUCCUGGACUGUCGAGAGGGAAGGAAGGACCCAUCCAGGUCCAUCCUUGAUGUGGGAGUAAAAGACGCCAUUUGCUUUAGUGGCUUUGAUGAAAAGAUGUUUCUGAAGAGAGGAGGGAAAUAUGUGUGGAGCAAAGCUGACAUGGAGCUUGACUGGUGAAAUUCUGCCAUCCAAGUUUUGAUUUGAGCGAUUGCACUAAUAAUUUGUAGUUGUGAAUGUUUGUAAAUUUAUUUUUGUCUGUUACUUUUAUAACUCACCAUUCUGCUUGAGAUUUUUGAAAAAGCAGUGGAAUUUUAAAUAUUUCAUUAAAGAUAAGCACUGUUGUUUCAAUGCACUGUAAAUGUGGAAGCUUGUGACCAAAUGAAAUGUAAUAAAACAUAUAUUAGAUUUAAAAAAAUAUUAAA